GGCAUCUGGCAACAGUGCUCCCAGGGCGGCCAAGAGGAGAGGAGAGGAGAGACUCACUGCGGGAACCUUCUAAUCAAUACAGUAUUUUGUGUGUCUGCCGCCUCGCUGGGCCUCCCUCUCGCCAUGUCCAAGAAUAAGUUCAACCUCAAACUGCCGCCGGGGUCCAUCGAACAGACGAACGACCAUGAAAACCACAGCGGCAGCGACACCCCUCAGAGGAAAGCCAGCACAGGGGCAACGGGCAGCUUCGGCACAGUGUCGCUGGAGUCCUUGCUCAAGUGUAUUCAGGAGCUGGACAUGGACGACACGCAGCGCAGACGCAUGGAGAUAUUCCUCAAUCAAAAGCAAAAAGUUGGUGAGCUGAAUGCAGAUGACUUUGAGAAGCUUGGUGAGUUGGGUGCUGGCAAUGGUGGCGUCGUGAACAAGGAGCGCCACAAACCAUCUGGCCUUAUCAUGGCACGCAAACUCAUCCAUCUGGAGGUGAAGCCAGCCAUCAGGAACCAAAUAAUCCGAGAGCUGAAGGUCUUACAUGAGUGCAAUUCACCAUUUAUUGUGGGCUUCUACGGGGCCUUUUACAGUGAGGGUGAAAUAUCUAUUUGUAUGGAGUAUAUGGAUGGAGGCUCCCUGGACUUGUGUCUCAAGAAAGCCAUUCGCAUCCCAGAGUCAAUACUUGCCAAAAUAUGUUCCACAGUUCUGAAGGGCCUGGCAUACCUGCGCGAGAAGCACCAGAUCAUCCACCGUGACGUCAAACCCUCCAACAUCCUGGUCAACUCUCGAGGGGAAAUCAAGAUCUGUGAUUUUGGGGUGUCUGGCCAACUGAUCGACAGCAUGGCCAACACCUUCGUGGGCACCCGGAGCUACAUGUCAGGUGAAGUUCCCGUUGAGAGAUUGGCAACUUCACUGUACUUUUAUUUCGAGCCUGAGCGACUCAACGGUGACCACUACUCUGUGGCCAGUGAUAUCUGGAGCCUCGGCCUGUCCCUGGUGGAGAUGGCCAUUGGAAUGUACCCCAUACCCCCGCCAGACCCCAGCACCCUCAAGAAGAUUUUUGGCUCCAAAGUGGAGAGUGUUAGUCCUUCCCCCACUUCCCGCUCCCCAAGAUCAGCUGGCCUGCCCGGGGAGCCAAGACCGAUGGCAAUCUUUGAGCUCCUGGACUACAUAGUGAAUGAGCCACCACCACGGCUGCCCCCGGGUGUGUUCUCGUCGGAAUUCGUUGACCUGGUGGAUCGGUGCCUUAAGAAGAGUCCCAGUGAGCGGGCUGACCUCACCACACUACAGAACCAUGAGUGGAUAAAGAACGCUGAGAGGGAGGAUGUGGACAUCGCCGGAUGGGUGUGUAAAACCAUGGACAUUACUCCCUCCACGCCCACCAAGCCGUCUGCGGAGGGAAGCUGUUGAUCAACCUGGCCUUGUCAUCAACUGUGAGAUGAGGCAAGUGCAUGAUCCGCUGGCUGGAAGAGUUGCUGGAGCCCUUACCACCAUUGCUAGUGCUGCCAUCAUUACCAACCACCACCACCACACCUCCUUCAUCUUCUGCCCUAAACCUUUAACAUUUAUGUGAUGUUAUUGUUUUCUUGUGGGACUGUUGCUGUGUCAUUCAUUGUGUGUCCAGACACUGCCCCCAUCUCUCUGUUGGGCUCCGCUGGAACUUGGUCAGCUCAAGUCAAGUCAAAAAGUAGUAUUCUUUUCAUCAGCCUUGAGGUGCAGAUAAGGAAGAAAGACACAGAUGAAUUUCAGAGGUAAAUGCCUAUUUUGGAGUGUAAAGGCAGGUGUGUGUGUGUGUGUGUGUGUGUGUGUGUGUGUUUUACCAAGUUGUGAUAUGCAGGAAUUGAGCUACACUUGUGGGCUCCUUUCUCCGAGUCUCGAUCAGUCAAUUUUAUCCUUCAAUUCGUUUAAUUAUUUUGGAUUGGAUAAUUUCGUUGUUCAGGCUGUUUCACUGUUCAAUACAUCUAUAUGGAAAACUGCAUUUAAAAAUUUUGUCACUUUCAUUAUAAUAUAAAAUUGUGUGUGUGUGUGUGUGUGUGUGUGGUGAGGUUAGGGAAAUGAGAUGUGAUGUACUACUGUGUUAGCCAUCAUGCAGGUAGUUGUUCACUCACAGAAAUAUAGGUUGAUGGAAAGAUGAAAUUACCAUGGAGCUUUAUCCCCAUGGCUGCAGUGUGGCUCAAAUUGUAUUAUAUUGGCAUGAUUCUUCUUCCUCACACUCAAAGCUAUUGUCACACAGUAUUUGCUAACCAAAAUUACUUAGUAUAUACUUGUAAAUCAAAGUGUCAAGUCCUCAGCACAUACAUUCUUGAUAGUAACUUAAUUUUUAUUUACUAAGUAUUUUCAGUAGCAAGUUUUUGAGUGAAUUUACUUCUCAUUGCGUCAAUUUAUCUUUUAGGUUUUGAAAUUGUAUAUUAGAAUAUAUGAAGUACAAGUUCAUAUCUAGGUGAAUUUUAAAGUGUUGUGUUGAUAGUUAUUGUAAAAAAUUUCCCCAGUUGAAAUAGAUCAACACUUGUAUAUGAGCAGUUAGGUAAUCUGAUUCAAGAAGCUACCUAUGAAGUGUAUAUAAUGGUGAGCUGUUCCUAUCAGAGUGAGAGUUGGUGACAUCUACAUCCCAUAGUCAUUUCAGUCGUGUCUUUUCUGUGUCUUCUCCCAAGAUUGACAUUAUUAGACUUGAGGACCCUGCUCACUUUUGUCUACCUUGCACUGUCCCAACCUAUGAAGGAGAACUGAUGCUGUGUGGCUGGCUUGCUUUAUGGAGAUGGCUGAGGACGGUAUUGAGUGAGUGGUCAAACCGAACCUGGUUGUUGGGCCGUCUAAGAGUUGCCAUAAAAGUAUAGCAGUGCUGUGCUAAGGGUGUUGGGGAUGCAUUUCCCCACCGUGUUCUCUUCCUGACUGGCUAUCUUGGUAUAUACUGGGUCUCUUGUGGUCAUUAGCACCCUUGAACAAGCCCAUUCCCACCCCAUUCAUGGUGGACCUUAUCAAAGACAGUCCUGGUUUGAGGUGAUGGCUAGUGUGACAGUUUUCAAUGAAGAAUGAUAUUAAACUCUCUAUAUAACCAAAUAAUAAGCUUCAGCUGUUUGCUAACCAGAAUUGGCAAUGAUCCAUUAAAAAGCUGGGCUUUUUGUGAAGUCAGUCAUCUUGCUCUUUCUCAGCUGUUCUUGAAAUGGGUAGUAACCAUUUGUGGUUUCCUGUCACAUAGUUCUGCUCAGUUCAGGAGUCCAGCAAAGGUGUUGAUAAUGAGGAGGAGGAUGACAGAGGUGAAGUGCACCUUAGUAUUAUGCUUUACUCUCAGAUCACAACACAAAAACUCAAAACACAUCCAUGCAUAACUGGAAUUCUUUGGCUACUUAGGAAGCUUAAAGUAAGUGAUACAUUGAAUGAUAUUUAAGAUACUGCUUGCUAAACAAGUUCCAUAGUAUAUCAUGCUUACUUUUAUCAUGCAUCAUGGUGUGAUGGAUUUUGCAUUUGAACAUAUGAUAAAUGAGCUCCUGAAAGUGACUCAAAACAGUCUUUGGCUGAGAUGUGGCGCCAUCCUUGUCAGAGUUUCUCAAAAACUUGAAUUAUCUCAAAGCAGGAAGUGCUGAAAUACUCACUACUUAAACUAUUGAAGGCUUUAGAAGUCUGUAUAGUGGAGCAGGUAAGAGAAUGUGUAGUUUGACCAAGCAGAGCACCACACACUGGGGCUGCUGCUGACAGUUCUAUAACCUUCUGAGCAGUCUGAGUGUAAGAUAGCAACUGUAUUAUAUCUCGCCUCAGCCCAGAUACUGUAUGUUUUAACUAUAAUACUAAUUGUUCCAAAGACUGAUAUGCCAUUCUUGGGGCAGGGUGGCAAAUGUGUAUGUUAGGUUGUCAAUGCAUUCACUGAUGACUCCACAUUGCAAGGGGUUCAAAACAAACUCACUGUGUAGUCUUGCUCAUUGCUGCCCCACCAUCCAUUGUUAUUUUAUUCUAUUAUUUUUUAUUACCUAUUGCAUAAUAUUUCUCUUAUUUCCUAAAAUAAUGUUAUUUCAGUAGCUGGACCAAGUAUUGAAAGAUAUGUUGACUUAUUUUCUAAUCUGUUUCUAAAUUGGAUAUUCCUGUUUUCCCGUACAUAAGCAGUAAAACCUCUUUGUUCUGGGCUUAGUAAGUUAAAUCACAUUGAGGGAUGAAGCUGCCUUUCUGCAUUUGGUCAAAUUAUAACUAGGUUUUCAUACCUGCCUGCUUUAACAGAGACAUUCUGUAUUAUAGUUAUGUUAGUUUGUGGGCAUGGGAAUAGAAAAAGUUUAUAGAUUAUACUUUGGAAAAAGAUUUGUUUCUAUCCAGUGUGCUUGUGAAAAUCAAACAAUAUGUUGCCCUAUAGAACUUUAAAUGAAGUCUUACUAAAACUAACAGAAUGGUUAUCUCUGACUAAAAGGAAGUUUGUGAGCAAAUGUAUUUUCGAUAAAUAGAAAAUUAAUUCCUAAACUUCACCCAAAGUUUCAUGAAAUUAACCUUCAAAAAGGAGUUCAGUGAAAGUAUAAACUUUAAUUUGCAAGGACAAAUAUUUUGUAAUUAUUGCCAGAUGUUGGUUCAUGUAUCCUUGCAUGUAGUGUUCCUUUAUGUAGCUUUCAGUGUAAUGUGCUGUGAUAUAGUUGUCUUUAGUGUUGAAGGAAGAGCACAGGACAUACAUAGAUGAAACGAAUAUAAUUACAUAUUAAUAUAUCUUUAUAAAGUCUGAUGCAGUGCAUUAGCUACCACUCAAGAUUCUAACAAAACAGUCAAUGUGCCAUUUCCUGCAUUUUAGAAAUUCACCUCAUUUUAUACAUAAAAAAGAAAAUGUUGAUUAAAGUCUACGUUUUGAAUGUUCUUAGGACUUAGGAAAAGUAAACCUAAGAAUACAAGGGUCUAGAAUAGAGAGGUUUUACUGUUUUUCAAUAUGUGUCUGGAACUUCUUUCAGUAAAAGAGGAACAAAACCAUUGAUGAAGCAUAUUAUUUAUGUUUGUGUGCAUAUGUGUGUGUGUGGGGAUGGGUGGGAAGGUGCUGUGUGUGUGCAGGCAUUCAUGCACACACAUGUGCAUAUUUGUAUGUGUAUUAUUGAAAGAAGCAGUAUAAGCUGCAUAGAAAUGAAUUGGCAGUGUUGUGUGUGCAUUGAUUUUAAACUUAACUUCUGUACAUUUUUCUAUUUUUUGUCUGAUUUGACAGUGUAUAUUGAAGGCCCUCUCAUGAUUUGGAUUUCUACCAACUUGACACAAUUCAGUUGACAUGUUUAAGAAAACAUCUGUUCAUCUAACAAGCAUUUUUAUUAUGAAGACCAAAGAAAGGUCGCUUAUUGUGAAAUUGUCAUUCCUUGAUAUCAUGAAGAAACAUGUCAUUGGAAAUUCAAUUUGGACCUUCAGUAUAUGGCAUCGUCUGUGAAGGUGAUGUAAGCUUCUGCUACUUGAGUCCCCACCUCCCUCACCCAGGUAGAGACAAAGUAACCUUGUUGUCAGAAAUACACUACUUUCUCUCAGCAAAUGUGUGGACAUCCUCUUCAGGAUCAGUUUUCUUAUAUGCAAAUUGAUUUUCAGGAAAUGUGUUAGUGUUGAAAUAGUUGUAAGCUUUUAAAUUCUCAGUCCUCAUAUAAGAGUGUAAUGUUUAAAGAUCCUGUACACAAUCUGUGAUCUGUAUGUAAUAUCUGUGGAAAAGUAAGUGGGAGUGGGAGUUUAUUCUUCCUUUGUGUAAAAAAAAGACACCUCAGGGUGAUAGCUAGAUUUCAAUUAGUCACUUUUGUUAAGUUAGUAACCAUUCUAAAGUUUGUCAUAAUGGGCUUAAGGAGUGAAGGACCAAUAUACAUAUAAUAGUAGUGAUAGACUUUGCAGAAUAGACUUUAGAGCAGCCCACAGACCACCAGUGGCUGUCAAGUAACCAAGACUGAGCCUGGAGUCUAAACAUUUGUCAUCCAGGAUAGGUUGGGUUAUAUUUUCUGCUGUGGGACGAAAACACAGUCAGAUCCUCAGGAGUUUGAUGUGUGAGAAGGAAAUGGACUUGGGUAGGGGGUGAGGGUGAGCUUGCCUUACUGUCCUGUGCUGUGUUGGGACAUGUGUGUAUCUUCCCCUUGGGGCACAAAGCAUAUGGUAAUUUAGAGGGGAGAAAUGUUGCUGAUCAAGAACUUGAAUUAUUUAUGCUGAAUAUGAAACAUGUCCUUGACAGUUCAUUAAUUACUGUAUGCAUUAUUUUCCAUUAUGUAGCAGUAGAAGUCCAUAAUGUCCUGAGGCAUUGCUAAAAUUUGCCAAAGAGUGAUGUGUGUAUGUUUACUGUUGUGUUGAGAGACAGGUGUGGCUAAUUCCUGUUCAAUGGCUUUUCAGCAGAUGAUAUAUAUAUAUAUAUAUAUAUAUAUAUAUAUAUAUAUAUAUAUAUAUAUAUAUAUAUAUAUAUAUAUAUAUAUAUAUAUAUAUAUAUAUAUAUAUACUGUCAUUUGAGCGUGGCUCAUUGUACAGUGACCAUUCAUUACUGCAUUAAUUGGUUUUAUGACUGUAAUUUAAUAACUAAAUAUAUGGCCUCUUGUGACACAAAAAUUAUUAUGAAUAAAUUUUUUAAUAUCCUAUUUUAUAUUUUUUACCUUAGAAAUUAAUAGAGAAAGCAGGAUGGUUAAGAUAUGUGAUAGAAAGCCGUGAUUAAUUUAUAUAGUUUGUCAUGUAUUCAUAUCAUGUAAUGACUUCUAUUGACAGAAGGGCUGUGCAUGUUGCUGUUAUGGAUAAUAUAUGUUACAUGUUUUAUGUAAGUUGUCUAUGAAGACUAAAUUGAUGUGUAGAGUUAGGCACACUUAUUUUAAAGUAAACUUUUUUAAUACAUGUCAUUUCAAUAAACAUAUUUUCAGAA